UUCUGGUGGCGUCUCAGUUGUCAAUACCAUUCCCGAUCGGAACCAUAGCGGAGCCAUGGGUUCCUCCGGCUUGUUGAGUGUUUACAUGGCAGUCCUGCUGGACAAGAUGGGUGCAAUGAUGGUGCUGCCACUUCUGCCCUUCAUUGCGAGAUCGAUGGACGGCACCUCAAUUGAAGUGGGGCUCCUGCAAUCCUUGUACUCGUUAAUGCAGGUCUUUGGGACAUUGGUGCUUGGAUCUGUUGCCGAUACAUGGGGCAAGCGCAGGACUUUGUUGCUCAGUCUUUUUAGCUCUUCGAUCUUUCUGUUGGCUUGCGGGUUGGCAGUUUCCAUUUGGCAACUGCUGCUUUUUCGCGCUGGCCAUGGGUUCUUCGCUGGUACAGUCAGCAUUUGUCAAGCCAUUGUUGCGGAUGUGACUCCGCCUGAGGAUAGAGUUGGAAAGAUGGCUUUAAUUAUGGCAGCGUAUGGUGUUGGAGUUGUCCUCGGACCCGGUUUGGCUGGCUUGAUAGCCCCGUGGGGUGUGUUCCCUGUUUGUGCAGUGGCAUCUGCUUGCGCACUAUGCAAUUUCUGCAUUGGUUGGUGGCAGAUUCCAGAAAUUGCGCGGCCGAAGGAACCGGAAGCCACCCCAAAAGAGGUCAGCGACGCAGAAAAGGAAGCUUCGCCUACAAAACCAGUCAGUGCGCUGCGCGGAUGGAGAGAGCUUUUGCGAGCUUUACUGUCCGACAUGACUUUGGCUGCAGUUUGUUUCUUGAGCUUUUGCCAGGAGCUUGGCAUGGGAAUAUUCAUGGGAGUGUCGGCCUUGUUUUUUCAGGACAGAUAUGGCAUUACCGCCAGUCAGCUCGGGCUUCUAUUCUGCGCUGCUGGUGCUGGCAUGGUGGCCUUCCAGGGCUUUGUCGUGAGCAAGUUUGUCAAGGCAGUUGGCAGGCCAAUCAGUAUCCUGUGUGGAUGGUCACUGCGCCUGUCUAUUUAUUUAGCUUUGGCCUCUUUGGACUUCGCAAUCAUUCCUUGGCUUUCUGCGGUUUGCGUGGUUGCCGGCGGGGCCCUCAUUGACCCCUGCGCAGCCAGCCUUACAAGUGACAAGGCCCCACAGGGGAUGAGCGGCAUCUUUUUGGGGGCCUACCAGGCUGCUGCUUCGAUUGGGAGUUUCAUGGGCCCGUUUUUGGGUGGAUUGCUGUAUGACUAUGUGCACACUGGGCCGUACUGGCUGGCAUCCGUCGCUUCGCUCCUUUGCCUUCCGGCAGUGCUGACGCUGUUCAGGUUGCAGCACUCAUCCGAGAAAGGAGCUGCCAAGGAGCCACUGAUCGCCGAAGAGGAAGACGAAGAGGAGCAGCCCAUCGAAAAACUGCUCAGUGAGGCAUCCCCCACGCGUAAGCGUGCUAUUGGACGAGCAGCGAUUGGUCUCAGGUCCAUCGCAGAUGUAGGCCCAGCACUCUCCAUGUUCCAGCUUCCUCUUCCUGAGUUGGCCUGCCGAACCCUCCGACACAAGGACCGCAUUUCCGAUGAGAGCUUGGGCCGGACACUCCGCUCGAAGACGGAGGUGUUUACACCGUCCGUGCGAGAAAGGUCAAUGAGCCUGGAAAGGAUACUACUAAGACAGUAUUCGAUGCAAGCGAGUGACAGGUGGUCUCGAACGGGAGAUGAUCCUCUUCGACCUGGUCGGUGAAGCAUGCGAAGCGCAAUUAGUCAACGGUUGGUGCCAUAGGUACUGGAAAGAUGAGAAGCAGCUGGAUGAAUGACAC